AUGGCGUCCGAGUCGAUCAACUCGCCCAACAACGAGUUUCAGGAUCGCGGACGACAGGAGUCGAUGGCGUCCCGACAGGAGGGCACGCCACAUGCGGCUCGCGGAGCCAGCGCAACCCCGACACCCUUGGCCUGGUUCCCACUAGGCUACAGGGAAGGGUUCAGUCAAUGGUGGGCGUCGUUACCGGCAGCCACAGCUGAACACAGAGUCCUUUCCUACCUGCCCUACCUCCAGCACCAACCCCCGACACACUUGCAGACCGGCAAAACGAGCGACUCCCCCACCGGCGGGUCAGGGAGUCUGCAGUCCGCAGACCAAACCCAAGAGGGCGAGGUGUCGGCCAGCUCGACCAACGACCCGUACGGCCCACGGAGAUGGCGCUCCAGCAUGGUGGAGCUGAGCGGGAAAAAUCGCGCGUUGAACGAGUUCUCAGUGGACAGAGUCGGCGAAGAAGCAGACCAGCAUUUGGUCAUGCUCCACGGAUAUGGUGCCGGUCUAGGCUUUUUCUACAAAAACUUCGAGCCGCUCAGUCGGCUCAAAGGGUGGCAACUCCAUGCGCUGGACCUUCUGGGCAUGGGUCGCAGCACGCGCCCAUCGUUCCGGAUCAAAGCGAAGGAGCGAGAGGAGGCCAUCAAAGAGGCAGAGGCAUGGUUUGUGGAUGCACUUGAGGAGUGGCGAAUUAAGCGCAAAAUUGACCGCUUCACGCUCCUCGGUCACAGCCUGGGCGGCUACAUGGCAGUGGCCUACGCUCUUAAAUACCCAGGACGUCUGAACAAGCUGAUCCUGGCAUCCCCAGUGGGAAUCCCAGAAGACCCGAACGCCGUGCAGGCGGAGAUGCCGGCGCCAUCUGAGUCAACCAUGACCAACGAACUCACGCAGAAUCAACGCAACAUCGCCGAGGAAGCGUCCUCGGUUCCCCACAGCGAGCUGCAGAAGGGGGAUAACAACAUUCUGCUCAGAGGUUCCCCCUCAGGCACAACCGCUUCUCAAGACCGUCCUCCCCGGCGGAUGGUCCCCAAAUGGUUUGCCUAUCUCUGGGACGCCAACAUCUCCCCCUUCACAUUGGUGCGGUGGGCAGGUCCCCUCGGUCCGCGCCUGGUUUCCGGGUGGACGUCCCGGCGCUUCUCCCAUCUGCCCGCCGACGAAGCCAAGGUUCUGCACGACUACUCGUACUCAAUCUUCAGCAUGCGCGGCAGCGGCGAGUACGCCCUUUCCUACAUUCUCGCGCCGGGCGCAUUCGCCCGUAGCCCCCUGAUCCAACGCAUCCAGGGUCGCGAAAAUGGCCUCCCCGUCCUCUUCAUGUACGGAGACCACGACUGGAUGGACGUGCGGGGUGGACUCGCAGCGAAAGCCAAGCUCGACGAGGAAAAACAGCGCAUUCUCCAGGGCGCCACAGUCCAGGAAUACCAGGCCGAUAACGGCUCCGCUAAGGUCGUGAUCAUCAAGAACUCGGGCCACCAUAUCUAUCUGGAUGGGUGGGAGGAGUUCAACCGCAUCGUUCUGGCUGAGAUGGAGGAGACGGCUCGUAGGGAGAGAGCCCCGAGCUCGUAG